AUGCUACUCAUCGACUUCAGCUCAGCCUUCACCUCCAAGCUCAUCCUUAGCUCGGAGCCCUGGGUACACUUGAUUCAGAAGCCCUGCGCUCGGGUACUACUUAUCACCAUCCUGCCAAGCCGACUUCAAGGUGCUGUGGACAGUAGAACAGUUUUCUACAACUACUCCGGGAGCGAUGGAGACAAACACAAGCUCAACAAGGGAGAGCUGAAACAACUCUUGAACAGUGAACUCACUGUCUUCCUCACGUCUCAGAAAGACCCCAUGCUGCUGGAGAAGAUCAUGAAUGCUCUGGACUCCCACAAAGAGAACGAGGUGGACUUCAAUGAGUUUGUGGUUCUGGUGGCGACCCUGACCGUAGCCUGCAAUGACUUCUUCCAGGAGCAGCAGAAGAAGAAAGUCAACUAA